AUGGCCCUGCAGGCAGUCGGCGGCAAGAAACAACUGUCCGCCAUCUUGCGUUCUGGUGCUCGAGCCAGCCGAUGCACUCUUGUCGAGAACACCGUCGAGGGCUCAUCUGCUUCGCUUGCCUCCACGUCCUCCUCCAACUCCCUUGCUGCUAUGUGGAGCCCCAAUCAGUCUCUUUCGCAACUCACUCCCGUGAAGCCGGUAUUGCUUGGUCAUGGCAACAUGGAAAGCCCCACGAGGGAGGCCUCCGUCAAAUUCAUAGAGCCUCCGGAUCGAAAGUUUAUCUGCGUGGUUUGUGCACGUGUCCUUCGGUAUCCAGUUCUCUUCGACGAAUGCCGACAUCGCAGCUGCUCCUCCUGUCUCUCAGGGCUCUUGCGGUGA